CACGCAGAUGGUGCUGGCUGUGGCCAACAAGACAUACGAUGCGGCAGUGGGGGACAUCACAGUGCUUGACUCCAGGAGCAAAGUCGUCUACUUCACCCACCCCAUUCAACAAUCAGGGCUGGGCGUGAUCGGCUACUCGCGCCCCUACACCAACCCCUGGCUGGCCUUUGACCCCUUCACACCUGCCAUGGCAAGCUGCACACGCGGAUGCUGACAGCCGUGUGGUAUGGCUGGGUCACAUUCUACAACAUUCCUGGUG